CCUUUUGCCUUUGAAGACCAUUUCAGCUUUCAUCCUGGAUAAAACUAAUCAAAAUGGAGACCUGUAGUUUUCAGAGGAGCCCAAGUGACACAAGGGGGCAGCAAAGGGACUGUGCCUUGUUGAUCAGGAUAUGGAUAUUUCCUUAGUUCCAGCAUUGAGAGCUUUAGCUACUGAUACACUGUGAUGUGGAUCUAACUUCUGUUUAUUUGAGCAAUAGCAAGUCAACUCUGACUCGUCUCAAUAUGAUGCAUAAACAAACUUAAGCAUGCAUGAUUGCAUAAAUCAAGUUGGACCGGAUUCUUCAUGAAGUUAAAACUGUAUAAAUUUGCUAUCUCUAAGAUAUUCUUUUAUUUAGCGAUUCACCAAAUAAUCUCUGGGAAAGCUUUUAUUUACUAAACUGAUAAUUUAUUUUGGGAAGGAUUAAGAUCUGAUGGGCCCUUGAAAUGUAGACACGAGGACAAAGUGAAUUGGGAGAAGUGCAUAGCUCUAGGCUGUCUCUCAAUGCACGUCAUUCACACAUUGACAAGAACAUAUUCAGAUAGAUCAGGAAGUGUUCUGUCACUCUAGUGCUGACUGAGCAGACUGCUGCUGCUGCCGGCUGUCUGCCUUCAUAUGUAACGGUGCUCGAUCAGAGUUAUGGCAGUCGUCUAACAAACCAAGGGCCUAUCUCUCCUCCAGGACAAACACAUGGAAACCAUCGCAUUCAGACAGGAUGGGCUCUAGACUGAAACAAAACCCUGAGCGAACUUUCAACUGGUUUUUCGAAGCAACAUGUCCUGUAGCCAGAGACAAAGAUCCUGGAGUAAGGUUUCAGUUUCCAGAAGACUACGGGGAUGAGGAGUCUAGUCAAACGUUGCCCCGGUUCUGCUUCCCAUAUGACGUUCAAAGACCGAGGGAUAAUGUCGCCGUGCAGCACUUUACUUUUGUUUUGACUGACCUUGAAGGAUGCCAGCGCUUUGGUUUCUGCCGUCUCACCAACAGCACACAGACGUGCCUUUGCAUUCUCAGUUAUCUCCCAUGGUUUGAGGUAUUUUACAAACUUCUCAACACUUUGGCAGAUUACCUCUCCAAAGGACAGAUCAAUGAGACUAAAGCGCUCCUGGCGGCGCUCUACAAGCAGUCCAUACCGCUGGCUGCCGGAUCUGUCACCCUGCAGAUGGGAGAGCAGCUUUUGGUGAGCACAGAGGUGUCCUGUCUUGUUGGACACACAGAGGGACAAGAGGCGAUUCCAUAUUUUAUUGCUCCAGAUCCAAGAAGUCUUCCUUCUAUUCCUGAAAAUAGAAACCUGACUGAGCUAAUAGUAGCAGUAGAUGUCGGGAAUCUUCUUCAGCUCUAUGCCAGCAUGCUGUUCGAGAGGCGAAUCCUCAUCUUCGCAAGCAAACUCAGCACCCUAACAUCUUGUGUACAUGCACUCAGCGCUGUGUUAUACCCAAUGUACUGGCAGCACAUCUUCAUACCUGUCCUGCCACCGCAUCUACUUGACUACUGCUGUGCACCCAUGCCUUAUCUGAUUGGAGUCCACACCAGUCUUACGGAGAGGGUGAAGAGUCGUGGGUUGGAGGAGGUUGUUAUUCUGAACGUAGAUACUAACACACUGGAAACUCCCUUUGAUGACCUUAAAAGGAUACCAUCAGAUGUGAUGUCCGGCCUUAAGGUCUGUUUAAAGCGGCAGGCGGUUUCUCCCGGCUGUGGUGUCUCUCGAGCUUUCCUGAAAGCUCAAGCUCUGCUAUUUGGAGGCUACAGGGAUGCUCUCCAGAACGACAAGGAAGGUGAAAUUUAUUUCUGUGAAGAGUUGUUUUUGGAUCACAAGUCUGCCAGUAUGAAGCAGUUCCUGCAAAGCGCCAUUCAUUUGCAAUUCUUCAAACAGUUCAUUGAUGGUCGCCUGGAUAUUCUUAACAAAGGGAAUGGGCAAGAUGACCUGUUUGAGGAAGAGAUAACAAAAUGUGAAAUGACAGCAGGAAGAGGCAAAUCUUAUCAGCAGUUAGUUGGAAAUUUAAAGAGAGGCGGUGGAGCUCUGAUUUUAAAUAUGAAGACCAAAGCAAAUAGGAAGACCAAAGGUCUCACCAGGUCCGGUUUUAAAAACCUGCUGAUUAACAAGGUCCACCACGAGGAUCACAACCUUCAGAGGGGUGGAUCGAUGUCACACCGCCGUGCCCAGUCUGACAGCUUACAAAGCCGCCUGCCAAUCACGCAGCACUUCGGAAAAUCACGACCCCGUCGACCUGUUCAGAAACUCAGAGGCAAGGAUAUCUCAAAGGACCCUGAAGACCUCUGGGACAGUGAGGUGUCGGGACCUGCUGGACAGCCUGACUCUGAGCUCCCGAAGGAAGAAGAUGACGAAGAAGAAGAAGAUUCACCGUUAUGUGACUCAGAAGAGAUGGAUCUCCUCGGUGAGAUCUUUGACACGCUUAGUUCACGCAGCUCCCAUGACCGAGGCCUGUUGUAUGGCACUCGCAGCCUGGAUUUGUUUGGACCAGACAGCCAUGAUUACAUCAUAAAGCAUGGUCCAGCCAACCCCAGUCAGGAGAGCCUGUCCCUGUCCAUCAGCGGCAGCGGCAGCUUGCACAGCUGGAAUCUGGAGACCACCGAGGAGCUUUCAGAUCGGACCGAGGACUCAGACUGGCAUUGCCUGGACACCAGCUUGCCAGAGGAGGCGGGGGCAGAAUGUCUUCUGUUGGAAACUGAUGUCGCAGAGCAUGAAGCAAGACAGAGAGAGGUCAGAGAAAAAGAGAAAGACACAGAUGGAGAAAUAAAUGACAAGAAGGAUAUCCAACAUAACAUAAAUAACUUUAAGGAAGUCAAGGUAGAAGAGGAGGGAGGUAAAGAAGAUCAAGAAGACAAGGCAAGCUUUGAGGAAAUCAGUGCAAAAGAAAUGACUGAAGGAACGGAAGACGAAAGCGUAAAGGAUACAAGGAAAGAUGAUGAAAUCAAGAGUGAGGAGGUGGCUGUGGUACAAGAUGGGGAAAAGGAAAAAAAUGGCAUGCAAGACAAUGAGACAAAGGAAGCAAUGAAAGAAACCUACGAAGGAAACAAUAAUGAUUCUAAAGAAGGAUUGAACUUAAAGUGUAUAAACAGGGAUGGCCCACUUUCGAACUCAGUGGAUGAACAAAGUGAAGCUACAGUCAUGCCAGGGCCUGAUAACAUUGCUGCUGACCCUAAACUACCUGCAUCUCAAGAAAAAGAGAGCGAUAAAACCCCAAGGAAAGACGAGCAGUGGGUGCGCCUGACCACAACUCCUCCCAAAGUGCUUUCUGCUGUGGCACGCUUCCAGGAUCAGCCAUACAGCCAGCAAGGCUUUCAGCUGAGGUCCACCUCCAAGAACCCUGCGGAGGCUGUGUUUCGAUGCAGGCAAAAGGUACAGAAUCUGUGUGACUCGGACACAAACAAAAACUCAGAGGCACCCGAGGAGGAAGAACGCCCACCAGUCAAAGUGUCCGAACUGAAGAAGAGAUUUGAAGCUUAAUAAAUGGAACAGCUCAGUUUUCAUCCAGCCAUGAUUUUGUAUAGGUAAUCAGGCGAUAGAGGUUAAAAAUCCAGAAGCAAACCCAAACAUCCCUCUCCAACUCUGAGGGAUUCCUAAGACCGAUGGGACAUAUAGUCCCAUCAGUAAGUUCUGGUUCUGCCCCAGGGUCUUCUUCCAGAUGGGCAUGAUUGGGAAAACUCCAAAGAGAGGCAUCCAGGAGACAUCCUGACCAGAUGCUGAAGCAUUUUAGCUUUUCCUUACGUCAAAAUAAAUCCCCAAUGGACUCUGUCCUAAGCCAAGAUGUAAGUCUGAUUGCUCUAUUGAAGGUGAACAAACAGUAAAUAUAUAUAUAUAUAUUUAAAGGCUCAGGAUUAAGCUACAGCAACCACCAUUGACUCAAAAAACAAAAACAAUAUUUCAUUCUCUGGGUUCAAGUUUCUGGUUUUGGUGACCCCCCCCCCCCCCCUCCAAUAUUAAUAUUAAGUUUUAAUGCAAAGUUAGCUCAUGUGGCUAAAAACUAGCCUGGCCAGUCAGACUGAUUUUCACAGAGCACAAGUCAGUCUGGUAAGACUCCAUUCACUCCGACCCAAAACAGACCGAACCAAUCACAGCGCGGGAGGCGGCACUUUAUGAGUCACUCUCAGUGGCAGAAUUACCCAUAAUGCAGCAAUGCUUCUCUGCUACCAUAACAGGAUAAAAAAAUUGUUUACUGGAGAGUGUGCUCCUUGGCUUGUCAUGUUUUACGGACUACAAAUUGAAAAAGCAGAGCGCGUCGCUUGGAGUUUUCAGCGUCACAUCCAUAGUUAUUAGUUCUAACAUGUUGACAUUGACCCUGUUAGUCCCGCCUUUGAAAUCGGGCUCUACCAGCUCCUUACCAGACUGAUAUGCAGUGAAUACAGCAUGUCAGUUUGGCUGGCCAGAGUAGCUAAAAACAAGAUGCAGCACAAACAAAAACAAAAAAGCACUUUGAAGCAGACGAGAUUUGCUUUCAAGCCAUUUCUCAGCUCUUCAACAUGCAUCACUGAAUGACCAAUCGGCAUGACCGGAUAAGCAGUAACUUUGAGAUACUGUAUCUUUAAGUACGCUCUUCAGGAUAGGGAUCUGUGUUACUGUAACUCAGAUGUUGUUCAGCUGAGAAAAUGGUGACAAAACCAGUCCCAGUGCCCUACUGCAGAUAAGGGAUAGAUUAGUGACAACUUCACAAAAUCUCACUUUAAAAAAACCAACCUAUUGCUUGAAAAGGCAAUAAGGUUUUUUUUUUACCUUAGAUGGGAAGAUCCCAUUUAUUAUUUGUUCUUAAAGUGUAUUCAUGUUGAUUUGCAGCUCAUUCGUUUCUUUCUUGCACAAACUGACAUUUCAAAUACAUGAGCUUUGCGAUUUUGUGGAAUGUGCUAACAGAAUAUAAAUAAAAGGCUUUAACAAACUAA